GCGUGGAGGGAAAGUUACAUGAGAGAAGACCAAGCUCAUUGAUUCGUGGAUAGAGAACAUUAUUGUUUUCCACUUGGACAGAAUAUUUAUUUCCUUUAGCCAUGGUUCUGAAGCAAGGCUCAAGUGACUUCAGAUGCCUGAAUUUCAAGAAAGUGUUCUUUGUUGUUUCUCUUCUCUUUGGGAUAUCCUUUGUCACAAGAAUGUUGGCUGUCGGUGAGUUCUGGAGGUGCAACGGACAUCUACUUCCCACUCAAACAACCCAACAAUAUAUUGGAAAGCUCCUACAAGCCCUCCACAAUGUCAGUCAAUUAAACAACAUUCAUGGGACAGAACAACGUGAACUGCUGGGAAAAUCUGAGUUGAUUCUAAAACGUAUUUUGGAUCUUGAGGAUAAAAAAUCAAAGGAGAAUGGGAAAACUGUGAAAGGUUCUUGCACUCCCCACAGGCACAUCUUCUUCUUAAAAACCCACAAGACUGGCAGCAGUACCAUCAUGAACAUAUUGUUUCGAUUUGGGGACCUGAGAAACCUGAGUUUUGCACACCCCACUAAUGGAAACUCACAGUUUAAUUAUCCUAGCUAUUUCUCUUCAAGGUUUGUGGAUGGCUUUGUUCCAGGCAACUGCAGCAUGUUCCAUAUUAUGUGCCAACACAUGAGGUUCCAGUUUACUGAGGUAGACAAUGUGAUGCCCAGAGACACAUUUUACUUCACAAUUCUUCGCAACCCAAUUUCCCAAAUGGAGUCCUCUUUCUCCUACUAUAAAUCCAUAGGUGUCUUCUCCAAAGCUAAAAGCCUGGAGGACUUUCUCCACAAUGCAUCAAAAUAUUAUGAGAGCAAGGGCCUGAGCAGGAACUAUGCAAAGAACCUCAUGAUGUUUGACAUGGGUUUAAAUCCUGAUGGAAUUUCAUCGAACAAAAAUUUCCAGCUGAAUUGGAGAACAGUUGAAACAAUAUUUGAUCUUGUACUGAUCACAGAUUACUUUGAUGAAUCACUGGUGCUCUUAAAGGAUGCGUUGUGUUGGACUCUAGAGGAUGUGCUAUCAUUUCCACUCAACACAAGGAGUAACAGCACAAAGAAGAAUCUCUCCAAGGAAACUCAAGACAUGAUUAAGAGCUGGAAUGAGUUAGACUGGCAAUUGUAUGUUUAUUUCAAUCAUUCCUUCUGGAACCGUGUUGAUAUGUAUGGAAGAGAGAAGAUGCAACGAGAAGUAGAGGAACUUAGAAAGCUUAGGGCACAAAUUAGUAUGACAUGCCUGGAGGGUGAAGUUGACCCAGAAAAAAUGCAGGAUAAAUCUUUAAAGCCAUACCAGUCUGGGAUAGCCAGGAUUCUUGGCUAUAACCUGAAACCAGCGUUGGAGCAAUCUAAUAAGUUGAUGUGCCAGAGAAUGGUGACCCCAGAGCUCCAAUAUACUAAACUGCUGGUACAGAAGCAAAGCAAGUCAAAAUACUAUUGUAUAGAGAAAAAGGAAUCAAUAACUUAAACACUCAGAGAACAAGUGUUCUAACUCAUAUGCUAUACCUUUGUUUUCCAGGACUUGUUACAAAAUAUGGACAGUGCUCUUGCCUCAUAUCUAAGAGUUUAAAUCCUCAUCCUUGUCAUGUUUGACAAGCUGAUGUGAAGGAAUGUGUCCUUUAAAUAGUUGUAAGGGGAGAGGUCCAGUUGGGUCGGAGAAACCAGCUUACUGAAAGAAUGGGAUGAAUGAGGCCAGAUUUUGUGCCCAGAGGCACAGUGGCACACCACCACUACUUAGUUGUUACCUGUUCACCUUAAAGGGCAUGUAAAGUCUAAAAUAGAAUAAGGCUAGAAAUGCUGUAUUUUGUAUACUAAAUAUA